AUGGCUGAGCACAGCUCCUCGCCUGACCCUGCCUGGGGCAGUGGGCCUGACCCCAGCCCCUUGUCAUCGGCCAGCCCCACGGCUGACCCUGACUGGGGCAGUGGGCCUGACCCCAGCCCCUUGUCAUCGGCCAGCCCCACGGCUGACCCUGACUGGGGCAGUGGGCCUGACCCCAGCCCCUUGUCAUCGGCCAGCCCCACAGCUGACCCCAACUGGGGCAGUGAGUCUGACCCCAGCCCCUCGUCAUCUGCCAGCCCCACGGCUGACCCUGACUGGGGCAGUGGGUCUGACCCCAGCCCCUUGUCAUCGGCCAGCCCCACGGCUGACCCUGACUGGGGCAGUGGGCCUGACCCCAGCCCCUCGUCAUCUGCCAGCCCCACGGCUGACCCUGACUGGGGCAGUGGGUCUGACCCCAGCCCCUUGUCAUCGGCCAGCCCCACAGCUGACCCCGACUGGGGCAGUGAGUCUGACCCCAGCCCCUCGUCAUCUGCCAGCCCCAUGGCUGACCCCGGCUGGGGCAGUGGGUCUGACCCCAGCCCCUCGUCAUCUGCCAGCCCCACAGCUGAUCCUGACUGGGACAGUGAGUCUGACCUCAGCCCCUCAUCAUCUGUCAGCCCCAUGGCUGACCCCAACUGGGGCAGUGGGUCUGACCUCAGCCCCUUCUCACCUGCCAGCCCCAUGGCUGACCCUGACUGGAGCAGUCAGUCUGACCCCAGCUUCUUGUCACCUGCCAGCCCUAUGGCUGACCCCGACUGGAGUGGUGAGUCUGGCCCCAGCUUCUUGUCACCUGCCAGCCCCAUGGCUGACCCCGACUGGGGCAGUGAGUCUGACCUCAGCUUCUUGUCACCUGCCAGCCCCAUGGCUGACCCUGACUGGGGCAGUGAGUCUGACCUCAGCUUCUUGUCACCUGCCAGCCCCAUGGCUGACCCUGACUGGGGCAGUGAGUCUGACCUCAGCUUCUUGUCACCUGCCAGCCCCAUGGCUGACCCCGACUGGAGUGGUGAGUCUGGCCCCAGCUCCUUGUCAUCUGCCAGCCCCAGGGCUGAUGCCAGUUGGGGCAGCGGGCCUGACCCCAGUCCCUUGCUGGCUGCCAGCCCCACAGCUGACCCUGGCUGGGGCAGCAGGCCUGAUGCCAGCCCCUCACCAGCUGCCAGCCCCCCGACUGACUCCGGUUGGGGCAGCGGGCCUGACCCUGGCCCCUCACCAGCUGCCAGCCCCCUGGCUGACCCCAGCUGGGGCAGUGGGCCUGACCUCAGUCCCUUGUCACCUGCCAGCUCCAUGGCUGACCCUGACUGGGGCAGUGAGUCUGACGUCAGUCCCUCGUCAUCUGCCACCCCCACGGCCGAUGCCAACUGGGGCAGCGGGCCUGACCCCGGCCCCUCACCAGCUGCCAGCCCCACAGCUGACCCCAGCCCCUCACCAGCUGCCAGCCCCACAGCUGACCCCGGCUGGGGCCCUGGGCCUGACCCCGGCCCCUCACCAGCUGCCAGCCCCACAGCUGACCCCAGCCCCUCACCAGCUGCCAGCCCCACAGCUGACCCCGGCCCCUCGGCGGCUGCCAGCCCCGCGGCCGACCGCGGCGGGGGGUAG